UUAGUACCCAGUGGUUGCUCGAUCGGUGAGCUCGUUACUCGGCGAUAGGAAAGUCGCCUGCGUCCGUGACUUUGAACCCUCGAAACGUUCGUCGACAUUGCAGUUUGACCGAAUUCUUGGCGCUGGCAUGCCAGGUCACGUGUACGUCGCGUCUGCGAUAGGCGACCCGGAGGAACGUUCGAUAGUAGCUUGUAAAAUGAUUUCGUCGAGGAGAUACAUAUAUUACAGAGCAUGACGGGUUUCCAGGCGAUUUUACCAUUAUUCCAUGGAAUUUCUGAUGGCUUUUCGCGAGAAUAUGUGACCGCGCGAAUUUUAUGGAGCAGCUAAUGAUGGUCAUCAAGAGGAAAUAUUAAGUGGCGCGUAUCGGAGAUCAGAAAUGGUCACAGUCAAAGCCAGACGGAAGAACCGCCUCGUCUUCUGCUCUUGAUGACGCGCGUACGUAGUUAACUUCGAGACCACCACCGACAGUCAUUAAUUCCGAUCGUCCAAGUCCAGAGACCAUGAAGAGGAAGAAAUUGUUCUCGAGAGUGUUCAUCGUGUUCCGAACGAACCAAUCGUAGUGAAUUCCGUUCCAGAGACUUUGAAGCCUGCGGAUUUUGUGGACAUCCUCUGGUGCGCUUGGUGACUCAGUGUUUCGUGUUCCUUAGUUUCUGUUCCCGUUGCGACGGUUCGAAGGUAGUGGCGAAGGUAAAUAGGAUCGAGAAUUUCGAAGAAGCUUCAGUGCUUCGGAGCAUCAGUGACGCAAAAUGUUUCUCAACGAGACGAUGUUGAUAUUCGCUGUUACCGCAAACCUUGUUGCGACCAUAAAAGAUAAGCAAAGCCUCCAGGCUGUUAACAAUCAUAUUGACAUACAUAACGCGACAACCACUACUUUGUCGCCGGAAGAAGAGGAAAAUCGAUUCGACUUCCAGGACAGCUGGUACAUGUGGAGGUGCUUCGAACCAUACGGUUGCUUCUACAUCGGUCCACCAUGGUCGGGAGGAAGUAGACCGGUGUCUUCGUUUCCUGCACGCCCAGACAGCAUCAACCCCCGUUACCAACUCUAUACCCGCACCAACCCUGAACAACCCCACGAGAUCAAGAUUGACAAAUUCGAAACCAUUCGGGGGGUGCCGUUUCGAAAGAAGAAUAAUCUCUACAUGAUCGUUCAUGGAUUCCUCGAUAAUGGCGAUACAACAUGGGUCUCGAAAACGAUGAAAGAGCUACUGCUCCGAGAGGACUGCAACGUGGUGAUCGUCAAUUGGAUCGGUGGAGCAGGUCCACCUUACACCCAAGCCGUUGCCAAUACGAGACUCGUCGGUGCCAUGACAGCCCGUUUGGCGUCUCAGAUAAUCAAAAUUGGCGGAAUGGAUGCGGCCAAGAUGCACUGCAUAGGUCACAGUCUUGGCGCCCAUACUUGCGGCUACAUCGGGUACUUCAUGCGACACUCGUAUCAACAUCAACUUGGAAGAAUCACUGGCCUCGAUCCAGCCGAACCGCAUUUCAGCAACACGUCGACUAUGGUACGACUGGAUCCGACGGACGCCACAUUCGUCACGGCCAUCCAUACCGAUUGCAAUCCUUUUAUCAGCGGCGGCCUCGGUAUCACCCAACCUGUCGCGCAUAUAGAUUUCUAUCCAAACGGCGGUCGCAAUCAGCCCGGUUGCAACGAGAGUGUUUUGAAUUCAAUCACCUUGGAACGUGGGAGCUUCUUUCGAGGCAUUAAGCGAUUCCUAGGCUGCAAUCAUAUACGCAGCUGCGAAUACUUUAAAGAGAGCAUCAACUCAGCGUGUCCAUUCUUAGCUGUUCCUUGCUCCUCGUGGAACAAGUUUCAAGAAGGCAGCUGCUUCGAUUGCGUGAACCAGUACUGUCCCAGGUUCGGAUUGGACGCUCAACCAGGAAAUUACCAUGCCUCUGUUUACCUAAUGACGAGCUCGGAAAAGCCGUAUUGCAGGGGUCACUACAGGGUAACGAUAAACAUCUCCAAAACAAACGAGAGUUUAGACCACGGUGGCGAAGUUGGCAUGUUCGUUAUCCGAGUUCUGGGUGAGAACAAGGAAACGGAAAAGAUGAAACUCAGCUCGCAUUCCAAAUACUACGAGCCAGGUAGCACUCACGUAGUCGUGCUGGCUGGUGAAGUGGUCGGCAAGCCUGAAGCGGUUGAAAUCUCCUGGGAAUACCAAGCUUCUGUCUUCAACCCCCUCACGUGGAGGCUUCUUCACACUCCACGUGUCUACGUUGACUCAUUAGUUGUCGAUAGUCUGGAAUCUGCUCAUGGGAUCACAGUGUGUCCGGACGCAACGAAAGCUUUGAUUGCCAACGAGCCUAAAAUGUUUACAGCGAAGAACUGUCAAAGCGUUGAAUUAAACGUGGUUUCUACAUAAUAAUAUACUCCAUCUUUGACCUACCCCUACGGAUCUUUAAUUUACCAUAAAUAAUACGAUUUGAAUGUUAAAGACUCCGAAAGUGUUGCUGCAUAAUACUUGAAACAGUAGACAGUGCAACAGUUUCACGAUUAAAAACUGUGAAUAGUUAGUCAAAUGUAAACAUAAUUGUUUCAAAUAUACUCUUAGAUAGUAACUGUUGCAAGAACUGUUCAACGAAAUAUACAGCAAAGAGUAUCGAUAUUGUUUUCUUAAUUGUCAGCAGCUUUGUCCUUCAGCGUCUGCUUUAAAUUAUUAAAUUAUGGUUGGAACUGGAUUAAUUGGCCGCCACUCUUCUUCUAUGUCACCAUGGAAGAACGAAGCACUUAGUGGUCUUGAGCGGUGAAUUAAUUCUGUCGUGACUUUAGACUGCGCAAUGCUGAUUGCGUUUCGUCCAUAAUCUUCAAGAUAUGCAUGAAAGGAAGGAUAUAAACUAUUUUUACAACUUUCUCAAUGUGGAAUCUGUAUUACUUUUGUUUAAAAAAAAUAAAAUAGAUUUUUUCAUGCUAUA